AUGACCGAGUACGUAAACAAUGAUCAGCUGUUGAUCCAUUGUUCCCAAGAUAAUUUAGUAGGAGCGGCAGCCAGGUGGUACAAUCAGUUGAGCCGGGCUAGAAUAAGUUCAUGGAAGGAUCUUACACAAGCCUUCAUGCAGCAGUACAAUCAUGUAACUGAUAUGACCCCUGAUAGGAUCACCUUGCAAAACAUGGAAAAGAAGCCUAAUGAAAAUUUCAGGCAAUACGAACAGAGAUGGAGAGGGGUGGCUAUGCAGGUUCAACCACCACUGUUGGAGAAAGAAACCACCAUCACUACCAAAAGUUUUGCAGACAUAGUCAUGGCAGGAGAAAUGAUUGAGAAUGCCAUAAAGGGUGGAAAAAUUGAGGGGGAAGUAGCCAAAAGAUCGGCCCCAAGAAGAAAAGACAAUGAGGUGAACAACACAAGUAGCUUCAAUUCAAAGGCAGUCACAGUUAGUCAGCCCAAAACAGCUACGGGUGGGCAGCAAAGUACUCAAAGACAGGAAUCAAGAUCAAGACAGAAUUCAGGGAGGAUACAAUUCACGCCAAUCCCUGUGACAUUCAGGAAGGCCGUGGAGAGGUUUAUCAAGAUGGGGGUUGUGAGAUUUGACAGUACCUCUAACGUUGAAAAUUGGUUACCAGAUCAUGGCAAUCAAGGAGUGAAUGCCAUUGAUGAAACUAGGGAAGGAAUAAUCAUGGAAAAUGUUGCUGAGGUGAGAAUGCCUUUGAGGGUAAUUUGGAAAGAGAUGGUGAAGAGAGGGAUGAUAACCUCUGAGAAAGAAAAAGAAGAAAUGAGGAACUACUGUGAGUUCCAUGGAAAAGAGGGUCAUGAGACCCAAAAUUCUAAAGAAUUCAAAGCCUUGGUGCAAGGCUUCAUUGAUAAUAAAGAGCUGCAAGUUUUUGAAGGUAGCUCUUAUAAAAGAGAAAUAAAUGCGUUGGAAGAUAAACAACAAGAAAUCAGCCGGCCAAGAAUUAUUAUUUCCUUGCCAGGAAAUAAUGAAGUGGUGGCGCAAACUAGGCCCAAGGUCGUAAUCCAUAAACCUGUAUCUUUUCCUUAUAAGGAUAACAAAAGGGUACCAUGGAGUUAUGACUGCCAUGUGUCGUUACUGGAGAAAGGAGAUGUAGCCAAUGCGUCCAAUGAUGUACAAAUUGAGGGUUCCCAUACACGGAGUGGGAAGUGGUAUGAUACGUUAGGUGUCAGAGAUGAGUCCACAAAAACAAGGAAUGCUAGUGUAGAGAAGGGAAAAGAGGUUAAAAUGCCCGUCAAAGAGUCGGUAAAAGAGGAGGAGGCUAAGGAAUUUCUAAAGUUCCUCAAACAUAGUGAGUAUAGUGUGGUCGAAAGCCAUGCAAAACAACCGCUCAGAUAUCAAGAUUGGCUCUACUUCUGA